AUGGCCGAUGUCGAGCACCAAGAAGCUGCCGCCGGGGACCCUCUCGCCCGGAGGUCUUCCGAAAAUGGUGGCUCUAGUCUUUCUGACAACCAAGUCGACCUCGCGCGCGAAAUUGAGAAGAAAGACUCCGUUCGCCCUGACGGCAAGCGCGAAUUGACGGAGAAGGAUUGCUAUGAUGUUCUGGCAUACUCUUGGCCGCGAUGGAAGAAAUGGACGUACCUUGUGGCCGUCGCAUUCGUGCAGGUCUCCAUGAACUUCAACACAUCGGUGUUCCCCAAUGCGGUCAAGCCUUUGUCGAAGGCCUUCGAGAUCGGCCAGCAGGAGGCGCGUACUGGACAGAUGAUCUACCUUGUCCUAUACUCCUUCGGGUGUGAACUAUGGGCUCCCUGGUCCGAGGAGUUCGGUCGCUGGCCCAUUCUCCAGCUCUCCAUGUUCUUGAUCAACAUCUGGCAAAUCCCUUGCGCUGUCGCACCUAACUGGGGAACUAUUGUUGUUUGCCGUGGCCUGGGUGGUCUUUCAACCGCCGGUGGUAGUGUGACCCUUGGUCUUAUUGCCGAUGUCUACGAACGUGAAGACCAACAAUUCCCUCUCGCGUUCAUUGUGCUGUCUUCGUGCAUUGGUACUAGCAUUGGUGGUGUCAUUGGUGGCCCCAUUGAGCGCUUCCUUGAUUGGCAAUGGUUCUUCUGGAUCCAGCUCAUCUUCGGAGCUGUGACUCAGGCUAUCAUUUUCUUCAUGCCCGAAUCUCGCUCGACCAUUAUCAUGGACAAGGAAGCGAAGCGUCGCCGUGAGACUGGCGAAGACCCGAACAUCUACGGACCUAACGAAUUGAAGAAUCCUCGAAUUUCUCUCAAGGAAGCUGGCAAAAUCUGGGCACGACCUUUCCACAUGCUGCUGCGUGAGCCCAUCGUCUUCUGUCUGUCGCUUCUGUCGGGAUUCUCCGACGCCCUCAUCUUCACUUUCCUGGAGAGUUUCUCAACUGUGUAUGAGCAGGGUUGGGGCUUUGGUAUCUUGGGUCAAGCUUGGGCAGUCAUUCCUAUCAACCUGGCUUAUUUCCUCGCCUACUUCUCAUACUUCCCAUGGUUCUGGCGUGAUGAGCAUCUUGCUAAGAAGCACGGAGCGGACUUUGCACCCGCUGAAAGACGACUGAAAUGGCUGCUUUGGCUCGCUCCCUUCGAGCCUAUUGGGUUGUUUGGCUUCGCUUGGACGUCAUUCGGACAGGCGAGAGGUAUCCCUUGGAUCGCAUCCAUGAUUUUCUCCACCAUGGUCGGAAUAGCCAACUAUGCUAUUUACCUGUCCUCGGUCGAUUACAUGAUUGCGGCCUAUGGCGUGUACUCGGCCUCCGCUUGUGGUGGUAAUGCUUUCGCCCGUGAUCUGCUCGCCGGUAUCUCAGCAAUGUACGCCUUCCCAAUGUACGAGAACAUUGGCGACAAGUGGCAUGUCGAGUAUGCGUCUACCAUUCUGGCGUGUCUAUCCUGCUUGAUUGUGAUUCCCAUUUACGUGUUCUACUGGAAAGGUCCCCAGAUCCGCGCGAGGUCCAAGUUCGCUCAGGCUCUUGUAGCCGAGCGGGCUGAAAACAAUGGCCGCCGUGUGAGCAGGCCGAAAAUUGAGCCUUAG